AUGUGUGGAAUCACCGCUCUCCUCUUGGCUUCGGCCGAUCAGUCCGCUGCGCCCGAGAUCAACGAGGCGCUCUCCCUCCUCCAGCAUCGUGGUCAAGAUGCUGCUGGUAUCGUCACUUGCGGUGACAAGGGUCGUUUCCACCAGACCAAGGCUAACGGCAUGGUCCGCGACGUCUUUGACGUCAACGCCAUCGCCCGUCUCCAGGGCAGCAUGGGCGUAGGCCACGUUCGAUACCCCACCGCUGGCUCCUCUGCUCACAGCGAGGCCCAGCCUUUCUACGUCAACUCGCCCUACGGCAUCACUUUCGCUCACAACGGUAACCUCAUCAACACCGACGAGCUCCGUCGCUUCCUCGAUGCCGAUGCUCACCGACACAUCAACACCGACUCGGAUUCCGAGGUGCUUCUCAACGUCUUUGCCAACAACUUGCAAAAGACGGGCAAGUUUCGUAUCAACGAGGAGGACAUCUUCACUGCUAUUCGGGAUCUCAUGAAGCAGUGCAAGGGUGGCUACACCUGCUGCGCCAUGCUUGCCGGUUUCGGUAUCAUCGCCUUCCGUGACCCCAAUGGUAUCCGACCUCUCGGCAUGUGCUCGCGUCCCUCGUCCGCCGCUCAGUGCGAGCAGCUCGAGGGCCACGGUCGAGACUACUGCUUUACCUCCGAGUCGGUCGUCUGCGAUGCGCUUGGUUUCGAGGACUUCGAGGACAUCAAGGCCGGUGAGGCGGUCAUCAUCACAAAGCACGCUGUCUCGCGCCGCAUCCUCACGCCUCCUGCCGACUCGCCAGAUGCAUUCUCUUUCUCUCCCGACAUCUUUGAGUACGUCUACUUUGCUCGUCCUGACAGUGUCAUGGACGGUGUCUCGGUCUACCGUUCGCGCAUGGCCAUGGGUGACAAGCUCGCCGACGAGGUCCGUCGUCAGCUCCAGUCCACCGGGGUAAACGUGGACGUCGUCAUCCCCGUCCCAGAUACCUCGCGUGUGGCCGCGCUUCAGCUGGCCCAGAACCUCGGCGUACCCUACCGUGAAGGUUUCAUCAAGAACCGUUACGUCGGCCGCACCUUCAUCAUGCCCGGCCAGAGCGUGCGUCGCAAGAACGUCCGCCGCAAGCUCAAUGCCAUGGCGCUCGAGUUCAACAACAAGAACGUCCUCAUCGUCGACGACUCGAUUGUCCGAGGAACCACUUCAAAAGAGAUCAUUCAGAUGGCGCGCGAUGCGGGAGCCAAGAAGGUCAUCAUGGCCUCGUGUGCGCCGCCCAUCCGCUACUCGAAUGUGUACGGUAUCGACAUGCCCUCGCGCCAGGAGCUCGUCGCUUACGGGCGCAGUGUCGAGCAGGUCGCCGAAUACAUCCAGGCCGAUCUGGUCAUCUACCAGACGCUCGAGGACCUCAUCGACUCGGUGCAGCAGUUCAACCCGGAACUCAAGCACUUUGACUGCUCCGUAUUCGACGGCCAGUACGUCACUGGCGGUGUCGAUGCCGAGUACAUUGCGCAUCUUGAGCACCUCCGCAGUGAGAACGCCAAGGCCAAGAAGGCAGCAGGCAAGAUCCCGGUUAUCGCAGAGAGCCAAAAGAAGUUGUAUGCGAGCCGUGCCAGCCCUUCGGCGUCGAGUGUGGCGAACGACGAUAAGCAUCCGUCGGACGCCACGGCCGCCCUGCUCAACGGCCACGCGAACGGCAACAGGAAACGACGCCUCACCGACGAGGAGGUCGAGGAGGAAGAGAAGCAGCAGAACGUCGGCUGCUCCGGGCCCAUGAACGGCGCAGACGACAUUGGGCUGUUCAACAGCUGGACUCGUUGA